ACGCAGUACACAAACAAGACAUAAUUAGGGAAGACGAUGACCUCGCCUCAAGAUACGCAAAAUAGACUGGAUAUUUUUGAACGCCUCUUCUGGCUAUCCUCUCCGGUGUUGAGAUUCCCGUAGAGUUUACCGCAGUAAGCGCGUUAGCCAAUUAUAAUAGCCGGGGAUCAGCCAAGUGCCAAGGCCAUUCCCGAUCGGGCGACACGCGUUGGACCUUGCUGCCUCAAGUAAUAACCAUCAAUCACCAUUUUCCCUCUCAACAUCACAGACAAUCAGGACUGCGCUCAGAGAAAUUUCGCCAACAGCUUCAUUUCAACUCGCAUAACUCUUUCUCGGGUAUUGAACGACCUCAUCGACCUCUUUAUCUCUCUUCCCAGCUCCACGCUUCCCGUCGCUUGACACUUUAUUCUUGCCAGUCUCCCACUCCGAGCUCCUGCUACAUUCAGGUUAGCUACAAUGGUUGCUCAUGGAGUUACUGGGUGUUUGGGAGAAGAUGGGAUCCAUAUUGACAUGAAUCAUCUCAAGGAAGGAGAGGUCAAUCUUGGUACCUCAAUCAUGGCAAUCAACUUCAAGGACGGCGUUAUUCUCGGGGCUGAUAGUCGGACGACUACUGGAGCUUAUAUCGCGAAUCGCGUCACAGAUAAGUUAACACAGGUGCACGAUACCAUCUGGUGCUGUCGGUCAGGAUCUGCUGCGGAUACACAAGCUAUUGCCGAUAUUGUUAGUUACCACUUAGGAAUGUACGGUGUCGUCAACCAAGAACCCCCAACAACCCAAACCGCUGCUGCGUUGUUCCAGGAGCUUUGUUAUGACAAUAAAGACAUGCUCAGUGCGGGAAUCAUCAUCGCUGGCUACGACCCGCGACAUGGAGGACAGGUAUACUCGAUACCGCUGGGUGGCUCUCUGCACAAGCAAUCAUAUGCCAUUGGUGGUUCCGGCUCAACGUAUAUCUACGGCUACUGUGAUGCGAAGUGGCGGGAGGGAAUGACUGAGGAGGAGGGGAUCGAGUUUGUGAAGACCUCACUGCAAGAAGCAAUAAAAUGGGAUGGCAGUUCUGGCGGUGUGAUCCGUAUGGUGGUGUUGACAGCGAAGGGCGCAGUACGACACUUAUACCUUCCGGAUAACGGAUAUACAGGCCCGGGGUCGAAAUGAAGAUCGUAAGAGCGUUGUUUUUCUGUUUGUUUGCCUUUGGACCCGGCUCCCCCAUGUUCCCAUAUAUUUAUCCCUUCAUACUCAUCCGUAGGAGGUGGUAUGUUGGAAAACCCAUCUAGAUGAAUCAGCUCUUUUCUGUGUUUUUACUGUUUCAAACUUAACAUCUAUACAGUACAUUAGAGAAGAGUUUUGGCAGAAUACCAGGGGACCGACGCAUUGCCCAUGGAUACAAAUUAAUUUUCGUCACCCCUGGUAAGAUUGUACAGUACAUACAUCAUACAUACACGGUAAAAGGCUACCUAGUGGGAAAGGUAUUCAACAAAUAAGUUCUUUGGAGUGGGGUGACCUGACUGCAUCAAGAACCCACAUCUAUUGCUACGGUAGUCUAUUGAUAUGUGUCAAAUUGGUAUUUUAUACUAGUGUUACAAGGAGCACACAUUAAUGAUACUGAGUUGUAUUAAGAAUCAAGAUCUCCUCAUUGGAGAUUGUAUGAAAUAAUGACCCAUAUCAGUGAAGAGCUCUCAACCUGAAACAGUCUCUAUCCUCCGGCCAGUCUUCAGGGGAAUGUAUAUUCAGGGGUGUCUAUGCUCAGAGGUCUCUAUA